CGGGCGCCCAGCAGCCAAUCGUAUCACCCGUGUGAUCCCGCGCCCGCGCGGAAGGCUGGCUGCAGGCGCUAAGGCGGCGUCGCCGGGAGUCGCUGCUAAGGCGGCCGCGCGCGCCGGUCGCGUUGGUGCUGUUCUGCGGGUCCGUGCCGGGCUGGCAGCAGCUGGAGUCUGGUGGGGAGCGCGGGCUCCCGGGACUGGCGAAUGGUCCCAACCUAGGGCGGUGCGAGAGGCGUCUGAGCCCAGGAUGCUGGGGAGACGGCUCGGCGGCUCCUCACUCAUCCCAGAUGUUGAUCACCUUUCUGAAGUAGAAUCUCCAUGGCCUGAACAUUUUCUGAAAACUGUUUUGAGCAUAAUACCUGUUUAAUAGCAAGAUAACCAGAUCAAGAUGGUUGGAAAACUGAAGCAGAACUUACUAUUGGCAUGUCUGGUGAUUAGUUCUGUGACUGUGUUUUACUUGGGCCAACAUGCCAUGGAAUGCCAUCAUCAAAUAGAGGAACGUAGCCAACCCUUCAAAUUGGAGAGUACAAAGACCACUGUGCGAACUGGCCUGGACAUCAAAGCCAAUAAAACCUUUGCCUACCACAAAGAUAUGCCUUUAAUAUUUAUUGGAGGUGUGCCUCGGAGUGGAACUACGCUCAUGAGGGCCAUGCUAGAUGCACACCCUGAUAUUCGCUGUGGAGAGGAAACUAGGGUUAUUCCCCGGAUCCUGGCCCUGAAACAGAUGUGGUCACGGUCGAGUAAAGAGAAAAUACGCUUGGAUGAGGCUGGUGUCACUGAUGAAGUGCUGGAUUCUGCCAUGCAAGCUUUCUUACUGGAAAUCAUUGUGAAGCAUGGGGAGCCAGCCCCUCAUUUAUGUAAUAAAGAUCCUUUUGCCCUGAAAUCCUUAACUUACCUUGCUAGGUUAUUCCCCAAUGCCAAAUUUCUCCUGAUGGUCCGAGAUGGCCGGGCAUCAGUACAUUCAAUGAUUUCUCGAAAAGUUACUAUAGCUGGGUUUGACCUGAACAGCUAUAGGGACUGUUUGACCAAGUGGAAUCGUGCCAUAGAGACCAUGUAUAACCAGUGUAUGGAGGUUGGUUAUAAAAAAUGCAUGUUAGUUCACUAUGAACAACUUGUCCUACACCCUGAACGGUGGAUGAGAACACUCUUAAAGUUCCUUCAUAUUCCGUGGAACCACUCAGUAUUGCACCAUGAAGAGAUGAUUGGGAAAGCUGGGGGAGUAUCUCUGUCAAAAGUGGAGAGAUCUACAGACCAAGUCAUCAAGCCAGUCAAUGUGGGAGCUCUAUCAAAAUGGGUUGGGAAGAUACCUCCAGAUGUUUUACAAGACAUGGCAGUGAUUGCACCCAUGCUUGCCAAACUUGGAUACGACCCAUAUGCCAAUCCACCUAACUAUGGAAAACCUGAUCCCAAAAUCCUUGAAAACACUAGAAGGUGUGCUCAAACUAUACUGCAAGUUGAUCUCAGAAGCUAUUCUUAGUCCAUCAUCUGUAGAAAUGGAGGAUCUAUGAAAGGAUCUCAUUCAUUUAUUUCUUUUUUUUAUCCAACUGUCUAUUCAUUCCUGCAUCCAGGAUAUAAAGAUGAUUAAGACUCUGUCCCUCUGUUUAACAAUUAUGGUGAAGAUUUGUAAUUAACUGUAAUUGAAUGUGAUAACUGCCAUGAAGGUAGGACAUUCAGGAUGCCAGGUGGGCACAGAAAAGGCAUUACUCGAUUAUCAUGUUUAAAGGAUGAGAAAAAGUUCCCCAGUUUGAGAAAAGGAGUAAAAAUGAAAUGAUGAAAUUAUUAUUGACUGUACUUGUAUUAAGUAUCUUUCAGUGUCUCUGAAAAGUCGGUUUGGUAACAUUACCUUUGAACAGAAAUCAACUUAGCAUUCUUGCCUAAUGAGAGUCCUGUAGCCAAAUUCUGUGAUUUCUUAAUCAUAUCAUUGAUAGGAUCAUUGAUGUAUCUUAAUCAUAUCAUGCUAAACUUUUUUCCCCAGAAAAUCAAAGUUUUAAUACUAAAUUUACUAUAUUUGUACUGCUUUCUGUAAUACAAAGAGGUUCCUAUUUCAUAGUUACUACACAUUCCCAAUCAAUUCACAUUCCAAUCCAUCUUGUCUGACUUCACCCAAAUGUCAAUACACUGAAACAUUUCUUUUUCUAGAAAGCAUUGUUGGAAUAGAAUAUCAUGCUUCUGAGCUGAUUUAUAAUUUUUUCUUCUUGAUAUAGGAAGUAUUAAUAACAUUUAUCCAGUUGUUUCUAGGCAGCACAAGAGUAUUGAACUCACCAGGAACCCAGCCUGAGAUUUGCGAAGCAGCUAAAAUAUUUUAAGACAAAUCAGAAAUAUGUAAACAUAAAUGUUAUCAGCUCUUUCAUAUUUGUGUUUUAGAGAUAAUGAGUCUCUAGGCCGCAAGAGCCCAGAGGAAUUAAAAAUGUAAAUUUCAAAAUUUGGAUUCUUUCCUUUAUUAUCAUAUCUGGCUGGAGUAGUGUUUUCUCUGCAUGUGAAAUUAUCAAGUCAUAAUUGCUCAAAGGGGAUGCUUAUUACAUUAUUAAAAAUAAAGAAUCACAUUACAAAAUAGAUAACAACAGGCCAAGAACAGACCAAUAAUGAAAGUUUUCUUAAACUAAGGAUUAUGAUUAAUCCAAUUCUGUGCACUUGAGUGCAGUCGGAAAGAGGAAGGAGAGAAGGAAGAAAAGAAGGAUGGAUUAUAUUAUAGAGUUUACAAAAAGAAGGAAGACGAAUAAAUCAGAAUCGAGUUUCAAGAAAAUGUGAAUUCACAACCAGGGAUUAUGAGACUAAUGCUUUAAUUUUUAGAAUGCACACACUCUGUCUUUGAAGAAAACAGUGAGAAAAAGCACCUUAAAGUCUGCAGUGCCUAAUACAGUGCCUAGCACACAGUGUGGAUCAUUAGUAUGUGUUUCUUGAGAUUGUUUAAAAUUAUUUUAUUUUGAAAGAAUAUUUUGAGUUAAAUCAAGGGAUUGGCACCCUACAGCAUGCACGCCAAAUCUGACUGGCCACUGUUUUUGUAGUUAUAUUAGAACACACUCAGUUGAUUUAUUUAUGUAUUGUCUUAUGUUUUCACACUACAACAGCAGAGUUGAGUAGUUGGAAUAGUGACUGGAUGGCCCACAAAGCCUGAAAUAUUUACUCUCUGGCCUUUUUACAAAGUAGGUUGCCAACCCCUGAGUUUAAGUCUCAGUUUUAGCCCACUCACAAAUCAUAUGUCUUAAAAAUCUGUUCCAAUCAGCUUUUUUGUAAACUAUCUGUUAUUAAAAUUUUUUUUAAUCUUGAUUUUUUCCACCUUUUUUCAUACUUACAGAAAAUUUUGAAGAACAUCUGCAUACUUUUAACAAAGAUUCAGUUGUUAAAAUUUUGCCAUAUUUGCCUCAUCUCUUUAUCUCUCUUCUAUAUAGUACACACACAUGCAUUUUAUUUUUUUGCUGCUGCUGUUGAAUUAUUUGGAAGUUGCAGAUAUUGUGUUCCUUCAGCACACAUCUCCAAGAAUAAGAACAUUCUCCUACAUAAGCCAUUUUUUAAAAUUUAAAGACAUGUACGGGCUUUUUGUGUAAGGGCUAUGUGACGGUUAUUUCUAUAGCACUGUGUUCAUUUCUUUUUCCAUUUAUAGACUGCAGAAAUUCUAAGUGUUAGUUAUCUAUUGCCUGUUAUGUGGUAGCCUAAAUAAUGGCCCAUAAAGAUGUCCCAAGUCCUAAUCCCUGGAAGCUGUGAAUAUGUUACCUUACGUGGCAAGAGGGACUUUGCAGAUGUAAUUAAGGAAUUUUAAAUGAGAACAUUCCCUUUUUUCCUAAGCAAGGUCUGGAAGCCAAGAUCAGCCUUUUAGGGUCAUUGUUGGGGUGCAAUAAGCUGGGAAGCCUUGUUUUCCUGCCUCAGACAUUUGUAGGUGCUAGGAGCCCCUACUUGGUCAAUAUCAGGCAUGCUGACCCCACAACCAGGCCUUCAGUGGCAGCACUCAGCAUGGGGCUUCUGGCUUUCCUUGGAUACUGCCAGGCUCUCAUGAGCUGAUCCUGGCCAAUCUUGCCCCAAAAGUAGCUUUGGCCCCCUGCCUGUCCCACAGAGUCCUGUAGAAGAUUGCAAGGCACAGGGUGGUGAGGAAGAGGAAGAGCUGUAAGUAUGUUCUGGAGCACUGCAGGCAUCAGAGCCAAGAAGUCAGACCUGACACUCAGCACACUGGCCACAAGCCCCAGAUCCGCUUCCCAGGGGUCAGCUGCAUCUAACCAGACAGCUGGGGUCCAUACAGUUGUGUGCUGUGCCUGCCAGCCCAGGCACUUUCCUCGGGAAAGUUUUCUCUAUUGAAGUGCCUACUUCAUCAGCUGACAGUGUUUUAAAAAAUUCUAAAGUUCUAAACGUUUUUCUUAAAAAAAAAAGUUCUGAGAUCAUCUUAUUUUGUUCUGAAAGCAAUAAAACCACUCCCUGUGGCACUCUGGGGAAAAAAAUAUGAUGAAAUGGAGAAAUUACUGCGGAUAUUUUGGGUAGGCCCAAUAUAAUCACUAGGGCCCUUGGAGGAGGGAGGCAGGAAAGUUAAAGACCGAGAAGGUGGUGUGGUGUUGGAAGCAGAAUCAGUGAAGUGUGGCAGCGCCUAUGGAAGGUGGCAUGGCUGAGAGUUUUCAGUCCCAAUUUCAAAGCCAUCAACCCAUUGCCUCUUUCUUUUUAAACAGUCUCUCCCUCAGUUUCUCAAGAAGAAACCUGGUAGCACCUUCAACACUUUGCAUAGAAAUCUGAACAGGACCAACCUUUGGUUCAUUCUAUUUUCUGUAUAAUUGCAAGUGACAGGGUUGCUAAAUUUUGUUACUAUGUAAUAAACAUACCCCUACCUCCAGUUUCUGAUCAGAUGUUCCAGCCUUCCUUAAAACCUCAGGCAACCUCCUCAAAGUCCAGAAUCCACUGUCAAUUCAUGGAAAUGUAGGCUUUUACCACAGCUUUCCUCAAGAGUCAUUGCAGCUUCCUCUCACUGCUCAGAUCCAAAACUGCUCCCACAUUUUUGGUUUUUGUUACAACAGAACAGCACUCAUGACAUCAAAAUCUGUAUUAGUUAUUUACUAAGCCAUGACAAAUGACCCUAAAACUUAGGCUAAUUAGCAGCUUAAAACAGCAAAUGUAUUAUCUCACAGUUUCUGUAGAUUAGGAAUCCAAGCUCAGUUUAUCUGGGUGCAUCUGGCCAGAGUCUUUCAGGAGGUUGUAGUCAAACUGUCAGCUAGGGCUGCAGUAAUCUCAAGGCUCAAGUGGGAGAGAAUCCCUUUCCAAACUCAUUCUGUGACUGUUGGCAGGCCUCAGGUCCUUGUUGGCUGUGGGUUGAAGAUAGCAGUUCUUUUCCACAUGGGCCUCUCCAUUAGGCAUUUUCACAACAUGCAGCUGGCUUCCCUCAGAGCAAGAAAGAGUAUCCAAGACAGAAGAUAACAGACUUUUUGUGACCUUUUCUCAGAAGUAAUAUCCCAUCAUCUUUGCAUAUUCUAGUUGUUAGAAGCAAGUAACUAGAUCAGCUCACACUUAAAGGAAAGAUUAUACAAUAUCAUAAAUACCAGAGGCAGGCAUCAUGGGGUCCAAUCUCAGAAGCUGCCUACUACAAAUUGCAAGGUACACAUGUCUCAGAAUGUGACCACAAACACUUUUAGCAUGAAAAUAAUUAUUCUCCAGAAGAUCAAGCCAAGUUCAGAAUUUGGCCUCAUAACAUUUCUGACAGUUUCUCCUAUAAAUUUUGAAAGCUUGAUUAUUUGAAACCCUUAGUCAAAUUUCUGGAUAGAUUUAUCCCAUUAAAGACAAACCUUAAUUAAUAAUUUGGUGUAGAAUUCCUUCUGUAUUUGAUCACUACCUUCAAUAAAUUAUUAAUCAUAAUUUGAAAUUUUAUUUCAUCAAAAGAAAAUGAAUAUAUUGUAUGUGUUAUAAAGACAAAAUGCCUCUCUUCUCUUUACAUAUAUGAUACAGAAUUGUUGGUAUCUUUCUUAAAGGACUCAAGGCUUCCUGUAUGAUGCUUUUUAUAAUUUCUGUGUCUUCCUUUGUUUCAUUUGUCUCUUCUCACUUAUCAGUACUUGCCCAUUGCCUUUCUGUGUGCUGUGCCUAAUUGUUACAAGUUGAACCAAGUAACUUACAUUAGUUAAAACUGUUAAAGAAAAGAGACCUGUAGAAGGUUGCAUCUUCAGUCUGCAAGUCAUGUUAGUGACAUUCAUUUUAAACACAGUCAGUCGUUCUAUAACGACUUUCUUUGUUGAAAGAUAGUAACUAAAUUAGUUGGGGUGAGGAUUUAAUAAUGUAUAGAAUUGUUGAAUCACUAUGUUGUAUACUUGAAAUCAGUGUAAUAUUGUAUAUCAACUAUACU